AUGAGUUUCAUCCACAUUCCAAUUUCUACUGCAGCUGCUUUCCAACCUCAACAACAAACUAUUCCAAGACAAGUUUCUUAUCCAAAUUUGAGAGAAACUUCAUCAUUCAAUGAUUAUCCAACUCAAAAUUUUGUAAAUAAUGUAACAAAAAUUCCACUUUUGAUUUCUCCACAAACAAGACAAGUUGAAAGAAAUGUUCCAUUCAAAAUUUAUGUUUUUGAAGGAAAAUUCAAUCACAAUUUGAAUAGUGCUUCAAAUGUUUUGAGAUUUGAAAUUGAUUCUAAUCAUGAGAGAAGUUUCGAAUUAUUUGAUAGAGUUUUGAGAGAACAUUCCAUUGAUAGGAGACAAUUUGAAUUACAUUAUGUUGAUGAUGAAGAUGAUUUGGUUUCAUUGACAAAUUUAAGAGAUUUCCAAUUCAUGUUGAAAUUAAUGAAAGGAAAAUUGACCAAGAUUAUUUGUGAAAAGAAAUCAAUCAAAUCACCACAACAACAAGCAUAUCCUCAACAAUAUCCUCAACAACAUAUUGCCUUCAAUAGAAUUUCACAAGCAUCACCAUCAGCAUGUUUAUUUGCUCAAUUCCAACAACCAAGAGUUGAAUCUCAAAAGAAACAAGCUCCUCAACAACAAGCAGAACAAUCUUGGGAAAAUAUGAUUGAAAAGGCAUUUAGAUCUGCCUUCUCAAAUGAAAAUCCAACUCAACCAAAACAAUCAUUCUUUCCACAAGUUGCUGCUUCCACUCCUCAAACAAAACCAAAAGUGAGAAGAAUUGAAAUUAGUCUUUCUGAUCUUUUGGGAAUUCCAACAAGUAAUGAAGCUGCUCAACAACCAGAAAAGGAAGAAACAAAGAAAGAAAAGAAGGAAAGUACUUCUACACCUCAAUCAUUCAGAGAAUUAUUACUUCAAAGAAUGAAGGAAAUGAGAGAAGAAGAGCAAAAGAGUCAACAAUCACAAACUCAAGAAAAGAAACAAGAAGAGAAACCUAUUCAAACUUCUCCAACUGCAAUUGUUGUUUCUCAACCAAAAGAAGAAGAAGAACCAAUUCAAGAACAAGUGAAGGAGAAAGAAAUUGUUACUGAAAAUACUCCAACUAUGACCACUUCAUUGCUUCUCUCCAAUUUAAUUGAAGAUCAACCAACUGAAUCAGUCGUUGAACAAGUUCAACAAGAAACAAUUGCUUCUCAAGAAGAAACAGAAUCAGUGAAUCAACAACAAGCUCAACAAGUUUCCAAUCAAAAUCUUGAAAAUCAAGAUCCAAUUAUUGAAUCAAUUCCUGAAGAAGAAGAAGAACCAGUUGUGAAAACAACCAUUCCACACAAAUAUCAAAAAGAAUUGAAAUUAUUGAAUCAAAUGGGUUUCACCAAUCAUAUUCUUAAUAUUACCUUAUUGAAUAGGUAUGAAGGUGAUAUUCAAAGAGCCAUCUCUGAUCUCAUUCAUCAAUAA